UGCAUGCCUCUGUUCCUUGAGAUUAAUUGUUAUAUCUAACCUUAGCGGGCCAAUUUUUUUUUGCAUAAAGGCUUUCUUGCAGGAGUCCCUGAGGAGGUUAAGGCGAGAAUAGAGGUUAAGAAAAAAAAACUAAAAAAAAAAAAGAAAAGAGAAGGAAAUAAAAAAAUAAAGAAGAUCUUAAUUGUAUUGAACCAACAACAAACAUGAGUGUUGGAAAUGGAGUCUCAAUUUAUGUAUAAUCUUCCAAUGGUCAACAAGGGAACCAACAAGAAUUCAACCCUUAUUCAAAUCCAUACAACCAAGAUUGGAGGGAUCAUUCGAAUUACCUGUGGGGAGAGCUUCAACCUGAAAGUAUAUUCCACCCGUAUGAGCAUGCAUUCCCACCAGAAUUCCCGUCACAACCUCAACAAGAGUACAAUCAACCAUGGAUGCCAGAACAAACGCACUUAUUGGAAGUUUUUAGCCUUGAACAGACUAUGAUAGACUUUAUGGCGAGAACUGAUGAAUCAAUACGCAGGCUGCAAAUCCAAGUGGAGCUGAUGGUUGAUGAGUUGAGGAAUAGUCCAUCAGAAGCAUUGCCUACCAAUAUGGAAGAGCAAGGUGAGGCAUUCAAUGAAAGGAGCGAGCUUGAAGAUGACGAACUUGAGCUCCCAAUAGACAAUGAUGAUCCACCAAUCCCCGAAGUGAUAAAUGAGGUAUGGAAGAAUAAGGAAGUUGAACCCGAGAAACCGAUAGAGGUAAUGGAGCAUGAGCUUACAAUGGACCUAAACCCAUCACCUCUAAAUAUUGGACCGCUUU